AACAUGUAAAAACAAAAUAUAAAAUCAUUCAUCAUUUUGACUUGGAUUUGAGCUGCUAGUUUUUGGACUAAAGGCGGGUUGAAUGCCACCAGCCAGAAAACGUACGUAAAGAGUGUUCUCCCACAAAUCCACUCACAUGUUCCUUCUGUCUCUUUCUUGUUUCAACCUCCACAAAUAUAUUCACUCACCCAUUAAUCCCCAAAAAUCCCACAUCUAUCACCAUUCACCAAUGAGGUUCAAAUUAUUCAUCUUAUGUGCCCUCUUAAUUCUCUUCUCCACACACACCUUUUGCACCACCCUUGAUCUUGAACUCUUCAAGGAAGCCCCAAAAUUUUACAACUCCCCAACCUGCGCCACCAUUGGAUCCCACCUCAAUAAUCACACAUGUUCAAUCGAAGCCGUACACGUGGCAAUGACACUGGACGUGUCCUACAUCCGAGGCUCCAUGGCAGCGAUCCUCUCUGUACUCCAACACUCCUCUUGUCCCGAAAACAUCGUUUUCCAUUUCAUAACCGCAUCUUCAAAACCUUCCUCCACAACCGUCCUUAACAGAACUAUUACUAACUCGUUUCCCUAUCUGAAAUUCCAAAUCUACCCCUUCCACGACGGUCCCGUUGCUGGAUUGAUUUCAACCUCCAUCCGCUCCGCCCUCGAUUGUCCGCUCAACUACGCCCGCACCUACCUCGCCGAACUCCUCCCUUUUUGCAUCACUAGAGUUGUUUACCUUGACUCGGACUUAAUCCUCGUCGACGACAUUGCCAAACUCGCCGCUACUCCUCUCCGUCCCGACACCGUCCUCGCUGCCCCCGAAUACUGCGGCGCGAAUUUCAGUGCUUAUUUUACGCCGUCGUUUUGGUCCAACCCUUCUCUUUCACUUACUUUUGCGAACCGUAAUGCUUGCUAUUUUAACACCGGCGUUAUGGUGAUCGAUCUCCGGCGGUGGCGUGCCGGCGACUAUACCACAAUGAUCCGGGAGUGGAUGGAGCUUCAGAAGAGAAUGCGGAUCUAUGAGCUGGGAUCGUUGCCACCGUUUUUGUUGGUUUUUGCUGGAAGGAUUACUCCGGUGGAUCACCGGUGGAACCAGCAUGGGCUUGGAGGUGAUAACUUUCGGGGGCUCUGUCGUGACCUGCAUCCGGGCCCGGUGAGUUUAUUGCACUGGAGUGGAAAGGGAAAGCCGUGGGCCAGACUUGAUGCUAACAGGCCUUGUCCUUUAGAUGCUUUGUGGGCUCCCUAUGAUCUGCUCAAGACAUCUUUUACUUUUGAGGUGUAGCUGACGUCAUAAUUUGGAAAUUCUUUUAUGUUCCUCCAAAAAAUAAACAUAAAGAUAUAUAUAUAUAUAUAUACUUACAUUUAUUACUUUGAUUAUUUGCUAUGUUGUACACGGUAUAUAUCUUACCCUUUUGUUAUUGAUGUGAAUGACACACAUACUACAUUCUAUGACUUACAAUGAAUUGAGUUUGCUACUAAAAGUGUUAGUGGGAAUGUGAAUCAAUCUUAUUUUCUUCUUCUCAUAAAAAAAAA